AUGGCGUCGACAAUAUCGACUACAGAUGAAUUGAGCGACGUGAAUGGCGAGCACCACGCGCGGAUUCCAGCUGCGGCAACCAGCUCGAACCCAGAGCUCGACCUGUCCAAGCUGCAGGGCCUCCCAGCAGACCAGCAAGAGCUCUUCCUCUUAACCUUCGUCUCGACACUCGGCAAACAUGUCCUGGCACUGGCUGCCGACGACUGCACGUCGCAGCAGUUUUACCUAAAGAAGGAGAUAUUCAAGAUCCUGGGGCUCGCCGCCCCACCCCCGACCCGAGCUAUACGUAACACGCUGGGCAAAUGCCUCGCGCACAUCUUUGCCAAGGGCGAUAGGAAGCUGUUAUUCGAAACAAUAAAUGAGCUGGUGGCUAUCGUUGGCGGUGGGAAAUCCAAGAAUGAUGCGGAAAACAAGACCAGGCACGCAGCUGUGUCCUGCUUGGGCGACGUCUAUGGCUCGGCCGGUGAUAGCGCCAUAGGCCUGCACCAGCUGGCCUGCUCGGCGCUCUUGAAGCUCCUCAAGGCGUCCUCGACCAAUGCUGGGUUGCGUGCCGCCGUCUUCACUGCGUUGGGCAAGAUUGCGGCAAUGAUUGGGCCGAGCUUGGACGAGAACAUUGCCCGCGAUGUCUGGAAGCAGGGCAGAAGCUACGCCUCUAGUGACAAGGGGUCGCUCGUCGUUAUCUCUGCGUGCCGCUGCUUGCAGCUCCUCCUCCAGUCUACCCCUUACUUCAGUAACUCGUCCGAUUUCGAUAGCCUCCGCUCAACCAUGUUCAAGACCUUCGACUCGUCCUCGUCCUUGGCUCGCUCAGCCGCUGCGGACUGCUUGGCCGAGGGUCUCGCCAAGGGCUACUCUGAAUCAGCUGUUGGCGAUGCCCCUUUGCUUCUUAUAAAAAGGUCAAAGUCCAGAGCGGUGAAGCGGCAGUCGAUGCAGCCGGGUGCGCUCCAGGAUGACGACGACAUGCCAGCCCGGCCAGACAGCCCUGCGCCAAGUAAGAAGUCGCAGGUCUUAGCCCUUUCGCUGACGGACAUGCUCAAGACCCUGACUUCGCAGUACGUCCGCAUCUCUACCAGCAAUAGGGCCCGGGCGGCACUUGCUAUUUGUUACGGCAACAUGUUGCAGAAACUCGGUGAGAAAACGGUAGAGGCCAACUAUCUUCGCAUUGUGGAGAACCUCACAUUAGAGGUUCUAGGUCAUGGAAAUAUUGCCAACAACCGCUACCGGCUACUAGUAUCUCGGCGCAUGGUGGACAUCAUUAUCCAGGACGUUAUCGGAAAGAAGAUUUUGGGAGAAUCCGGACAAACCACGGCUGCCAAGGCCCUCGUCAAUGAGGUUCUCAAGAACUACCCGCAAACGCUCAAGGAGAAACCCGAACCUACCAAGCAGACCUUGAUCGCUUCGCUAGGCGCCCUCGCCUCGCUGAUCAGCAGUCUUGGCUCGGCAGCGAACAACUUUGCCGAAGCAUGCCGUGACGGGCUCCUACAUGUGCUUCAGCACCCGAGCUACACUGUUCAGGUUUAUGCCUCGUCGUGCUUGAAAUCGUUCGUGCUCGCAUGCCCGCAGCAGCUACUCCCAUGUCUCUCGGUGUGCAUGAACAGCCUCAGCAGAGAGCUUGGACAGCUUGGCACCGGGCGGAACUCUCCUCGCAGAUGCAUCGGGUUUGCUCAUGGCCUUGCCGCCGGCCUCAGCGCAAGCCCGCUGCGUCCUCUGUAUGGCUCGGUGGACAUCAACAGCCGCGUGCUUACCAUGUCAACGAACCUCCUAAAGUCCAGCGGAAGCUCAGAGCUACGGGCUGCGAGCACUCAGAUCCAAGUGGCAUGGACCCUGAUUGGUGGGUUGAUGUCGCUCGGACCAAACUUCGUCAAGAUCCAUCUGUCGCAGCUGCUUUUGCUGUGGAAGAACGCCUUGCCAAAGGUUUUGUCGAAGGACAGUUCCGUACACAGGAAUUACCUAAAUGCCUCUUUUCUCACCCACGUCCGGGAGUGCGCGCUCAGCUCGAUCUUGGCCUUCCUCGAGUUUAAUAGCCGCCUUCUGACCGUCGACGUGUCCAAGAGGAUAGCCACAAUGUUGCAAAGCACAACCGCGUUUCUUAAGACUCUUCCUUCUAAAAAGACAGCAGACGACAUGAGCGAGAGACUGGCACCAUCCUUACAGCUCCAUGACUUGGAGAUCAUGGUUCAGCGGAGGGUGCUUCAGUGCUACACGAAGCUUGUGAACAUCAGCCCUGCUGGCGGUACUGAGACGCUACUCCAAUCUAACCUGCUCACGCUGGCCAUCUCGCUUUUUGCGGACCCGGAGAAUUACACGCCAAGCUCCCUCAGCGCCUCGAUAGCGAAUACCGCAGGAACAUUCGAGACAAUCUGGGACGUCGGUGAUAAUUCAGGGUUUGGCGUGACUAGUCUUGUCCGAGGCUUUAGCAUCAGACCGCUCCCCGGGCAACAUGAAGCCUCCAUGGACAGCCCACCGUCUGAGCAAGAACCAGAAGAGUGCAUCGAAAGACUCCUCCUCUCCCCCGUGUGCGGGACUCUCGAACAUGAUGCCUCCCUCCUUUAUAUUGGCAAGCAUAACAACCGUGGUCUUCCCGAUCCUCCUGCGACAGAGGUGGUAAAUAUGGCGAUCCAGCUUUUUGCCUUUGUGUUUCCUCUCAAUCCCGCAAAAGUGCAAGAAAGCGUUCUAGAACAGGUGACAACGUUUGUCUCGGCCGGGUCGCUGCAGCGCGAUCCUGGCCGCAAAGCGGCUACCAAAGUGAAUUUGGCUACUGCCAUUCUGUCCACCCUUCGGGUAGCAGUCAAGGAAACCAAAUCGCCUUCUGGCGAUAUUACCAACAUGGCGGUUGAAAAACUCAUACAGGAGCUUCUCCGGCGCUACGUGUUGGACCCGGACCAGUAUGUCCGCAGCAUCGCAUAUGAGGCGGUUGCGCGGCUAUGUAGCACCUGCGGCAACGCCUUUACGAACCAAGAGAUCAAAUUUCUUGUUGAUACCAUCGUCGUCAACCGAGAGCCAAGUGCACGAGCGGGCUGUGCCAUGGCUCUUGGAUGUAUCCAGACAAAAAUCGGCAGUAUGGCGGCCGGGUAUCAUCUCAAGACCAUCCUUAACAUUUUGAUGUCCUUGUGCAAUGACCCGCACCCCACCGUCCACCACUGGGCCCUCGAGGCUAUCACGCGUGUUUCUGACGCUUCCGGGCUCGGCUUCUCAAACUUCGUGUCGAGCACGCUAGUCAUGAUUGGAAAGCUAUACGUCUCGGAGACGCACAAUGCCGAAGUAUCUUCUCCAGCUAUCAUGAACCUGGAAGUCGAACUGUCCUCGACGGCAGCCAUGGCUCGGUGUGUUGACUCGUUCAUCAAUGUUCUCGGCCCAGACUUGCAGGACUCCGCCAGGUCCAGGGAAUUGGUGUUUACUCUUGUUGGGUACUUCCAGCAGGAGGAGGACCUCGAGGUCCAGCGCGCAAGCCUUGCGUGUCUCGAACACCUUACACUCUACGCGCCCGGCCACGUAAACUUUACAGAAUACGUCAAGACACUCCAACGCUAUCUCAGCUCCAGUCACCCCGUUCUUCGGGACGUCGCUGUGGAUGGCUUGUACAACCUCAUGAAAAGAGAUCCGUACGAUGUUGUUGGAGCUGCAGACAAGGGGCUUGAAGACCAGCUCUGGUUGGUGCUCGACUCCGACCCAUAUCAUGAUGGAAUGCGCAAUACGAUAAGGAAUUGGAUGCUCCAGACCUGCAUAUCUGACACUGGGUACUGGCUCGGACGCUUUCAGCAUGUUCUCAAGAUGACAAGACCAAAAGAAGCGGCUGCAGCCACCACCGCUGUCAGAAAAUCCAAACCCGGGAUCGAUCUUCAAGACGAGGAGGUUGCCGGCUUUGCCGCUGCUUCGGGCGGCUCAAAGGACGACAAGGACUCGCCGAGCGGUCCCGACGUUGAGCCCCUACGAUGGCAGGUGACAACCUUUGCCAUGGAGUGCCUCAAUGAUAUCUUUCUGCUCACGGCAAAAGAUGUUGCCACGAACGGCGAGUCUCCGGCCCAGUUGGCUCUCCAGAGUAAGAUAGCCGACGUCGUUCGCAUGGCAUUCUCGGCCUCCACUUCGGGAGUCCUUGAGCAGAGAAUAUGGGGUCUGAAGAUUAUUGGGGCCGUGCUGAAGAUGUUUGGAAAGGUGCCGGAUCCUGACUUUGAGGAAGCCAUGCUUCUCGAGCAGUACCAAGCCCAGAUCAGCUCGGCACUCACGCCAGCUUUCGCGGCAGACUCGUCGCCCGAGCUUGCCGCGGAGGCCGUCGAUGUCUGUGCUGGCUUCAUUUCUACCGGGAUCGUUACGGAUAUCGACAGAAUGGGCCGAAUCCUCAAGACGCUGGUGAGCUCUCUGGAGAAUUUCGCCACCGAGGACGAGAAUGCCGGCAUUGGUGACCUGAAAGGACUCAGCUCGAAUGCGCAGGUCAUGGUCAAGAUGUCCGUAUUUGCUGCGUGGGCCGAGCUCCAAGUCGCAAGCUCCGAGCAAAAGUAUCUGCUCGACGUGCUAAAGCCACACAUUGGCACAUUGGCUCCCUUGUGGCUAGAGUCUCUCCGUGAAUUCGCGCGGCUGCGAUUCGAGCCAGAUAUUUCCAUGACCCUGGGACCCCCAUCUCUCGCCGGGAGCCUCGACACUGUCUACGCUGCCCUCAACAGAGAGACUCAGCUCAAGUUCUACCAAGACUCUUGGCUGAAGCUGGUUGAUGCGAUCGCCAGCCUUAUCGAGCAGGAUAGCGAGUUUGUGUUUGACGCCCUCGACGGAAAGGAGCUAUCAGGCCCUAGCACGAACGGCCGCUCGAAAAUCGCGGGCAUCAACUAUCGAGACGAGCCGGUAGCUUUCUUCUUCGUGCUCUUUGGCAUUGCGUUCGAGGCACUCGCCACAAAGCCGGGACAGGCCGAGUCACUUGCCACCAAAGAGCAGACGCUUGAUAUACUCCGCGCGCUCAAGAAGAUCCUCCAUCCCAGCGUUUCUGGCCAUGCAAUCUACCGUGAGGCCAUAUUCUCGGAAACGAUGGACCUUCUCGACCGGCUAGUGCUCACCGAGGCUCUUGACGUGCAGGGUGUUAUCGUCGAGAUUGCCAGGGCCUUGUGCGUGGCGCAUCCCGCCGCAAAGAAGAGGGAGCAGCCAGAUAACGGCGAGUUGUCUGAAGACAUUGAGCAGCUGUUCGAGCUUACGCGCAUCAUUGUGCUUGUCCUGUCUGGACUACUGCCUACCCUGAGCGAGUCGCCGCAGCCCGUGCGCCACCAGAUGACCGAGGAAGCCAUGGCACUCGUCAAGACAUCUCUAAGCGCGCUGGUGGAUGCCGCAGAGGUCUUUCCUGCCGUCAUCAAGACGGAUUUACAUGCCUGCAUUAUCCAUAUAUUCGCGACCAUUCUGGCCACUCCCUCGUGCCAGGACGCCAUUGUCCCGCAGUCCCUCCCAAUCUUCAAGCGAUUCAUAACAAGCAUGUCCAGCUCUAGAAAGGUAUCCGAGGGCGGCAGCUCGCCGACUGAUGUACAGCUACUUGGCUGCGUUAGGCGAUUUUUGUCCAUUUAUUUACACGCGCAAAAACGAGAAGCGUCGACAUCUUUGACAUGCGUCAAGAACUGCCUAAUGGGCCUAACGGUCCUCUUCACCAGUGGCAAGAAUCAGCUCUCGGCCCAAGAGCCGCUUGUGGAAAGAUUCCUCGAGGAAAUGAUGGAUUGUCUAACUGAUCGCAUGACGGCCAAGAUAGCCGCCAACUGCAUUAGGUUGCUGCUUCUCCAGCCAAGCCCAACUCUAGCAGACCAAACCAUCACUCGCCACCUCCUACCACGCCUUAUUACUUUUGUAUCAAAUACGGAACCCGAAGACCCAGAGAAUGCCCGCGCUUUGGUCUCGCACACCUUGUCCCUGUACGUUGGCGCCGUGCCCAAGGACCGCGUCCCAUUCGCCAUGGCGCUCGUCCUGCCGACCUUGCUGUCGCGCGCGGCGAAUGAGGAAGGCACUGAUGUCUACCGCGAGACGAGCGCCAGGCUGCUGGAGCUCGCCUCGGUCGACCAGGCGACUUUCAGAGGAAUUGUGGGGAGUCUAAGUGAAAGCCAAAGGACCUUCAUGGAAGAAGUGAUUAGGUCAGGGAGGCAGAAUGAUGGCAAGGUACAAAGGAGUAGCGCCGACGAAUCCAGCCAGCCAACAAUUGCAUUGAAGAUGAAUUUUGGCGACUGA